UUUCGCUGCCCUGUGGAAUAAUUUAACACUUCCAGAGCCGGGCAGAACCAACUUCGAGCUGUAGUGAGCAUCGCCGCGGCUGUAGUGGGAAUGAACUGAGAAAGACAUGGUGGCUGUGAGUGGGAUCUAGUGUUCAUGGUUGAGAAGAGCUUUCCACUCUGGAGUGAGAAUCAAAGAACCUGUGUGUGACAUCGUCAUGAAUGAGAGAAGAAAGUAAUACAGUAUUGGAUGUGCCUGUUUGCUGCCACUGUUUAGAGAGAAAAUGAUGCAUUAUGAGGAAUCACUUGAAAGGAGUCAAUGAGAUGAACUGUUUGGGUUAUAGUAUCUGAAAGGCUAAAUUAUUCUCUUGAAGAGACAUUCUAAAUGAGCCUGACCGAGAUCCUGGAUCUGUGUGAAGAGGACUAAGGAUAUAGGAUGUCAACUGAGACAGAACUUCAAGUGGCUGUUAAAACCAGCACAAAGAAAGACUCCAAAAAGAAAGGUCAGGAUCGCAGUGAAGCCACUUUAAUAAAGAGGUUUAAAGGUGACGGUGUCCGGUACAAAGCAAAACUGAUUGGGAUAGAUGAGGUUUCUGCAGCACGAGGAGACAAGUUAUGCCAAGACUCCAUGAUGAAGCUCAAGGGAAUUGUUGCUGCAGCUCGUUCGAAAGGAGAACAUAAACAGAAAAUCUUCUUAACAGUCUCCUUUGGGGGAAUCAAAAUCUUUGAUGAAAAGACAGGGCUCCUACAGCACCACCAUGCAGUUCAUGAGAUUUCAUACAUCGCAAAGGAUAUCACAGACCAUCGGGCGUUUGGAUAUGUGUGUGGAAAGGAGGGAAAUCAUAGAUUUGUGGCAAUAAAAACAGCCCAGGCAGCUGAACCUGUAAUUCUGGACUUGCGAGACCUGUUUCAGCUCAUCUAUGAACUGAAACAAAGGGAAGAAAUGGAAAAAAAGGCACAAAAGGACAAACAGUGUGAACAAGCGGUAUACCAGACAAUUUUGGAAGAAGAUGUAGAAGAUCCUGUAUACCAGUACAUUGUGUUUGAGGCUGGACACGAGCCAAUCCGUGAGCCUGAAACGGAAGAAAACAUUUAUCAGGUUCCUACCAGCCAAAAGAAAGAAGGUGUUUAUGAUGUGCCAAAAAGUCAACCUGUAAGUCUGCAGAAUGGAAACUUAUUGCUGGACAUUGAUGAAAAUCUUGUUUCAGUCACUCAGGCUGUUACCCAACUAGAGCUUUUUGGGGACAUGUCCACUCCUCCUGAUGUAACCUCUCCCCCAACUCCUGCUACUCCAGGUGAUGCCUUUAUCCCAUCUUCAUCCCAGUCACUUCCUGCUAGUACAGACAUGUUUGGUUCUGUACCUUUCAGCACUGCUGCCGUACCCUCAGGUUAUGUUGCCAUGGGAGCUGUUCUGCCCUCCUUCUGGGGACAGCAACCACUUGUUCAACAGCAAUUGGCCAUGGGUGCUCAGCCUCCAGUUGCUCAGGUGAUGCAGGGAGGACAACCGAUCGCGUGGGGCCAACCCGGUCUUUUUCCUCCUACUCAGCAACCGUGGCCAUCUGUAGCUGGUCAGUUCCAACCAACUGCCUUCAUGCCAACACAAACUGUUUUGCCUUUACAAGCAGCCAUGUUUCAAGGUACCAUUGCUCCUAUAGCUACUGUUCCACCCACAAGUGAUUCCAACAGAUCAAGUCCGCAGACAGACAGGCCCAGACAGAAAAUAGGAAAAGAAAUGUUUAAAGAUUUCCAGAUGGCUCAGCCUCCACCAGUGCCAUCAAGAAAACCAGAUCAGCCUUCCCUCAGUUGUACCUCAGAGGCCUUCUCAAGUUACUUUAACAAAGUUGGGAUGGCACAGGAAGCAGAUGAUUGUGAUGACUUUGACAUCUCUCAGUUAAAUUUGACUCCUGUGACUUCCACGACACCAUCUACAAAUUCACCUCCAACCCCUGCACCCAGACAGAGUUCUCCAUCAAAAUCAUCAGCAUCUCAUACCAGUGAUCCUGCUGCAGAUGACCUCUUUGAAGAGGGGUUUGAAAGCCCAAGCAAAAGUGAGGAGCAAGAGGCUCCUGAUGGGUCUCAGGCCUCAUCCAACAGUGAUCCAUUUGGUGAGCCAACUGGUGAUACUAUAAGUCCACAGGUCGGUAGCUAGAUAGCGCAGGUUGGGGAAGCAGAACCUCUCUACGCCCAGAUCAACAGACCUAAGAAAUAGCAUUGUUACAGGCUUGUGGUGCUCCAAGACUCACAUGAAACCCAACAACCUGGCAGGCCUUUGGCUUUCAUGCUUUUUUCUGAUUGAUUUUGACUGACAAGGAGAGAUGAUUGCCCUCCUGGACUGGCUCUACGAGUGUUCCUGACAUUUUUUUUGGCAACCAAUGGCAGAUUCCUGUGGCAGCACAAAAAAAAAAACUCUUCCUGCUUCUCAUACCAUGAGUCCAGCCCCGUCCCCACAGGUCACGGGGAUCCAGACUAGGAAAUCUUAUGCCUCGGUCUUCUUUUAAACAUCUGUUAUCUUCUGUAUGCCACAUAUAAAUAAUGAGCAUCCUGAAAUUUUUUGAGUAUUAGACAUUCUUUUUCUUUUGAGCAAAAAGCAGAGUCUGUAUGUAGCAGUGGCAUUAUCAUUCAACAGCCUUUUUAGGCACAAGUCGGCACUUUUUAUGUCAUGGUGACAUGUUUUUCAUCAUCAUUUACAUCAGGCUGAUCCUAGCUUUUUUUUUUCUUUUUUCCCCCGUGUAGACGUAUUUAAACAGCAACAUAAAAAACUACUGGCAGUGUCAUUCUUUUUUUUUUAAUUAUUAUUAUUUCUUAUCCUGUCAUUUUUGUAUGAGUGACAGAUCUCACAGUGAAACGCCUCCUGCGGAAAUGGUUCCUAACUUGAAACCACAGAAUAAAACUUGGAUUGUUUAUCCAUCCUGAUUGAAAAUGUUGCCAAAUGGACCUUUAAGUUCUAGUGCAUCAUGAGGAAGAAAUGCUGCUUUCUGUUUGAAUACUCAUGUUGGGGGUAGAGAAAGGACAUCAAGUCCCACUGAGGAAAGACAAAGAGUCAGUAUUUCCUAGGAAACUCUAAACAAAGUGCAGAAAAGGAAUAUUUUUAUUUCUUCAAUAUCUUGCUGCUGUAAUGCUAUGCAGACAAGUGUUUUCUUCUCUGUGUGCCAUUUUUUGAUGAAAAAGAAAAAUCAUUUGCCAAAUAAUACUGGUAUGAUUCUGGUUUAGGAAUUUGGAUGAAGCGGACUUGACCAAUGGGACAAGGAUGGCAUGGAUUUUGGAAUAACAAACUGAUUCUGUGAUCAAAUUGUUCAUCUUUAUCACUUUUUGUACAUCAGAAAAAUCAAAUGGGAUUUUUAUUUUAUAACUUGAAAAAAAGAAUCUUACUGUUAAACUCUUGAAAUGUCUAAGGGGAAAUGGCUUUAAGGAGUUUGAAUGAAAAUUGCCAGUUUUUUUGUAAAUAUCAGUGUUAUGAGAAUUCUUUUACUAAUGCCAUUACACUGUAGAGAAGGUGGCAAGAUGCAGUGCUGGGGAGGUGUGGCAGACCCAUUUUGUGGUUCUCACAUCACAUACAUCUCUUCACAUGCUUCUGGUGGUGGGCUGAAGCUCCAGUGCAUUUGCCAGAAGCAAUCAGCUUGUCAGCAACUGGUGAAAUUAAUGGGAACACACGAGUUUGUGAUCUAGUGUUAUCACUUGGACAUACUCCACUUACAAGAAACCACAGUUCAUUGACAUCCCUUUGAACCUCUGUGGAGAAGUCAUCAAACUGUUUACACACAGAACAAAAGAAUUGAAGGCAUCUUUUUUUUUUUUACAUGGAUGAAGCAAAAAGGGCAGUGUUUGGGUUCAUAUGUUUAGCACAUGAUUUUCAUAAAGAAUCUAUAUAUUUUUGCCCUACAGAGAGUUGUUAUACAGGUCAAAUGUGUUUUCCUGAUGUUCCUAUGCAGUUACAGUAUAUUGAAUUUAGUGGUUUCACACUAAAAAGAAAAAAAGAGGGGAAAAAAAAGAAGAAAAAAAAAAAGGAAAAAAAAAAAACAGAAAAAGGAAAAAAGGUUAAAGAAAUCAAAUUAUUAAUCAGUUUUUAGGGUUAUUGUGCAGAUUUUGUUUUGAAAUUGACACAUUAGGAUUUUACAUUUUUGUCAUGAUUAAAAUAGGCCUGGAGUUCUAAAUAUUUUACUUUCUUGCAUCUCUAUUAUAAACUAAAAAUGGUUUAGAAGACAGAAUAACUGGGGUGGCAAUUGUUGACAUGUACAACCAAAUCUCACACCAUGAUUCCAGUCUUUUCUUUUGAAUUAGAGAAAUUAGAGAAGUGUGCAUUACAGAAUGUAUGUGAGUGAAGAAUUAGCUGUGAAUAGACCUAAUGAACCUUCAGAGAAGAGACCUGUUCUCCCCAUUCUUGGUCAUUUGAUGCUUAUUCCUUAGUCAUGUGCAAACAGCUUUGUAGUGAUUCUUGUACUCCCACCAGAAGAAAGAUCCUAAAUGGGGAAGAUUAAUUAAAACAUGGUGGAUUGAGUGUUUCAGGAUUCAAAGCAGAGGUAAAAGUGUUUUGAAAGGACAUUUCUUUAAGAAUAAUUUCCUCAUUUGCACAGUGGUGCUACUUCCUUCCUCAGUGGCUCUUUUGGGUUUUGUCCUACAUCUGGAACCACAAAGACAAUUUUGGUUCAUCACAGACAUUUGAGAUUUAGUGUCAUCAGUGCAU